AUGAUUUGGUACCUUUUGUAUCCUUUUAGAGGAACCACCGAAGCUCCCGUCCUAGCUCCAAACCAUCCCUUGCGGAGUGCCUUCGCGCGAUAUGGGCGGUAUGCCGCCCGCCACGUUGUCACCACGCUUCUGAUAUCCGUGUCAGUUGCAUCGCUACUUGUAUACCCCUUCCCGUUCCUCUAUACAACCGACUUCUCGAAUGGCGCCUCCAACCUUCCGCACCACGUGUGGACCGAGGCCCAACCCCUCGAGGAGAAGAGUGGCGUUGAGCCCGAUGUUAUCAUGCGAACCGUAUGGGUGCAUGGGAAUUACAUGGAAGCGCUGAGCCGCGAGGUUCUGCUGGGUGCCCUCGAACUACAGGAUGAGCUUCUUGGGCCCACUGAGAACUUCAAUCCCCGCCAGGCACCAAAUGCCACACCGAUGCCACAUGGGCCCGCAUUCGAACUGAGUACAGAACAACGGGAUGCCUACCACGUCGUCAAUGGACUCACAGAGGAGUCUUGGUUCUUCCACUCACCGCUACAGUACUGGUCAUGCUCCGCCGAUCAAGUCAUUGCAGAUGAAGACAUUUUGACGACCGUCAACGAGAGGAAGACGCAGUCUACAUCAGUCAAUGUCACAUUGAGGCAUUCAAUUGUUUUUAGCGGGAAGCGCUUCGAGGAUCGCCGAUUGCUUGCGGCUGACGCCCUUGUCAUUACUCUCAUACACAUGCGGGACUCCCCCGUUGGCCGCAUUUGGCAGGCAAAGACUCAAGCACUCGCUAACAAGUUGAGCGACAAGUGGGAUGUAUACGGUCAACAGAGCGCCAACGUCCCGAGUCAGCUGUACGAGUUUCAGUUUCUGCCCAUGUCAUACCAGGAUACUUUGGCUCUCGGCAUCGCAUAUUCGCUUACUUUGGUUUAUUUCAUAAUCAGCCUCUCCAAGUUGCGUGCAGUCAAGUCCAAGGUGGGGUUGGUCACCACGGUCAUGGUUCAGCUGAUUGUGUCAGUCAUUUCGAGCUUCACCAUAUGUGCCCUUCUCAAGAUUGAUCUCUCCAAGAUACCUAGGUUCGCCUAUCCCGUCGUCAUAUUUUCAAUGAGUCUCGAAAACAUCUUCAGGCUCAUCAAUGCUGUCAUUCUCACAUCGUCCGAUGACAACACGAGUAACAGGAUAGGUCACGCAUUCGGCGAAACAAGUCACGUGGCCCUCGCCAGUGUCGCGCAGAAUCUGCUAAUACUCUGGGGCUUGUCUAAUAUCGUAUCCCCCGGGGUAUCGGCAUUCUGCACCUUUGCAGCGAUAGCGAUUAUAUUCGAUUUCUUCUACCUGUCGACGUUCUUUCUAUCUGUUCUCAGCGUCGACGUUCGCCGAACUGAACUCGGUGACGCCCUUGCCAAGGCAUCUAUUCGCAACCAGAAGGGUGCAGCCGAACCGCUGGGACGGCAGUCAUGGGUGGAUGCGAUGCUGCAAGGCAAGAUUGCCAUGUCAACGCGUAUAGCUGGUACUACCGUCAUGGUUGGGUUCGUCUUGAUUGCACAGUGGCACUUUUUCGAGAACGAAAGCGUCCUUAGAACCCUGGGGCGCAUCUUCUACAUUUCGAGGAAGUACAAACCUUUUGGGUCGUAUCGAUCAUCUCUACUUGUAGAUAUUCACCAAGCCAGGAGUCCUAAAUCGUGGCUCCGUCUUCAGGAUCACGAGACAGCCCAGGAAGUCAUUCAUGUCGUCAAACCUGACGCUCACAGCUACAUCGCCCGGGUAUUCGAACCUCUCGUCUUCGUGCUCAAGGGAGCCGACCGCAAGCAAGACAUGAAGGAACGCCUUUUCCUUCCUGCCGUUUAUGAUUUCGCACGCCAUCAAUCGACUCCGUUCAUUGUCACUGUGCUUGUGGUAGCAGCUGCUAUACGACUACUUAUGAACUACCUUCUCUGGGACGAGCUAGGAGAGACAUCAAUGGCUGAUAAUCAAGAAGAGGAGCCUUUGCUCGCCGUCAAGACUCUGGGUAGCGGCCACUCUCUUGAUGUGGCCAUGCUCUCUGCGUCCUCGGAUGGGCAUAUCGUAUCUGUUGGCUUGGACAGACAAGUUCGUGUCUGGGACGUCAAGACCGGAGGAAAGAGCUAUGUCCUGCCCGACAACGACGGGGUGGACAUCACUUUUCCGAUAUUGGCCAUCUGCAUCAAUGAUGACUCGCACUGGUUGGCUCUACUCACCAUCGACACGGUGAUGCUAUGGAAUCUGCUUGAUGAGCGUUGGGGACCAUCUGUACGUGUGGACCGUGCCAAGCACAAACCGGAGGGCUUCUUCUUCACUGUCGCCGAAUCACAAGAUAGCCAGAUCGUGCUCAUUGUUCGUCGCGAUGGGACUAUGACAGAGGUGCGGCCUGAGAAGCAAGAGUCUAGGAGCUACGUGAUUUCCGACGAGAGCGUGGUCGUUUCCGUUGGCUCUCUUCUAAUCAUAACUGCAAAAACUGUAACAGCUGUCACAAAAGUAAUGACAUCUUCCCGCGAAGGUCAAGUCUACUGUCUUAGCCAAGACCCAACCGGCUGGAACAGCUACCCCGUCAAUAUACCACGUCCCCAAGAACGAGAGUUUAUGUCAAUCGUGGCCUUGCCCGAACUCGGAUUUUUGCUCGUCGUUCGAACCAAUUCCGUCGACCUUGUGGAUGCCCACGACUACCUGACAUUGCACUCCUUCCGAACAGAUCCAAUUCAGCCAAAGUCGUUGAAGUGCUUCCACUCGAAGAGACGACAAAUGAAUUGCGGCUCGGUAGGCCUGAAAUUUUUGACCUUUGCGUAUCUCAAUGCUUUCACAAGAGACUUAGUCGUCCAAACAUACCGUCCGCAACAUGAUGGGGAAUCGAUCUGUUUCCGCGUCCCGGGCCAGCCCGUGAGCAAGACCUGCUGUCGAUGGCCACAAACCAAGGAGGCCCGUCGCGUCAUCCAAGAUCCUGGGGUGUGGGAAGCGCUCCCCACAGGUUUCAUUAUAGGAACAAGAAAGAAGACCAACCCUACACCGCAACGGCAGAGUGUUCAACCUCAGCCCAUCCCCACCGGCCUUCGCCGCCGCCGUCUUAGUCACAGUUCAGAUUCGUCAGCGAACUCUCAGCAGAAUCGAGACGACUGGGAAGUGUGGAUGUUGUCACAGCUUGGCAGAGUUGAGACAUGGGAGACCACCUCCUUAUGUCCCGACGUCGAAGAGGAUGAGCAUCUCUUUGCUACGAACCUCGGGCCUAUGGUACGUGUGGGGCGAGGAAGCGUCGCUGUGGGUCUGAGCAAUGUGAUCAAAGUCCUCAUAAUUGGGCACGAGAGAUUUGAUGUUGGAGCCGAUGGCUCGCUUUUGGAAAACGGGCUGCGUGCUGUGGCAAGUCGCAGGCGCAACAGGCCCUCGACUGUUCGCAUCAACCGGCCUAGUAUUUCCACCCUCUGAGAAGCUAUCUCAGAUUGGCAUUGGGCGUUUCAUCAAUGUUGAUAAAAUUUAGAGGGGCAGUGAGCCUUCGGGGUUGAGAUAUAUUGGCGUGAUCUAUAUGGUGGUUGGGC